CACUUCCUUAAAGCCUCUCUCUACCACCCAACAGCAUGGGCUGAUUUUAUGGAAAUCUCUAGCAGCCGUUGAUAUCGAGCAACGUCUCAUCUCAUCGUCUCUCUCAUGCUCAGACUCUUUAGAAUGUCUUUCCAUCAAAGCCAUCGGUACCGCGUUUCCGUCCCCGCCUCCCGCCUCUCAGAAAUGCGGGGGAGUUCCUCGGCUUGAACGACCAGUCAAGUUGGGGUAGAACGGCUAGGGGAUAGCGUCGGCCAGCCCCCCGGGACAAGGGGACGACGUCAAUCGAGUAAUGUAGAUUAAUAUAAGUUGUUGACCUAAGGGCGCACCCUUUGCUUGUAUUCACUGCAUUGUUUCAUUACCUGCAGUUAUUAAUUUCUAAAAGAUAUCAAGGUACCACCGCUGCACCAUUCCCUCCUACCGUCCAUCACCACCACCACCACCAUCUCACUCACCGGUGUCUAACAUAAUGCUAACCCGAGUACUCCAGAUGGCCACCAAACCCAAAAUCACCCUCUUCGUUGACACCGUCAGCCCCUUUGCCUACGCAGCAUACCACAUCCUCCGGAACGACCCAAUCUUCCGCAAUAUAGAAGUAGAAUACAUCCCCAUCUUCCUGGGGGGCUUGAUGCACAAAUGCGGUAACACCGCUCCCAUCAAAAUCAAGAACAAAGACAAAUGGAUAAACCUCGAACGCCUCCGCUGGUCCACCCUCUUCUCCAUCCCCAUGUUCCCCGGCCUCCCGCCCGACUUCCCCGCCCCUUCCCUACCCAUAAUGCGCUCCCUCGCCACGCUUUCCCCCGCCCAGCUCACACCCGCGCUGGACCUCCUCUUCAAAAAGCACUGGGCCGACGGGGUAGCUACGCACAAACCGGAAAUCUUGAAAGAGACCUUGGUGGAGCUGUUUGGGGAGGAGGAAGCGAGUAAAGUGUUGGAGAAGGCCAAGACUGUUGGGAAGGAGGCACUGAUCAGGAACACUGACCGGGCUUUUGACGAGGGGGCGUUUGGGCUGCCUUGGUUUAGUGUGACGAAUGCUAAGGGGGAGAGGGAGGGGUUUUGGGGGGUUGAUCAUUUGGGCCAGGUGGUGGGGUUUUUGGGGUUGGAGGGGGAAUUGAAGACUGCUAGGAGGGGGGAGGGGACUAAGGGGUGGAGGGCAGUUUUGUGAGCUGGUGGUGGUAGUCUGACCGGGAUUGGGGAGGGCAGGGUCGGCGUGAGGGUGGUGAGGCUUGGAUAUAACUUGGAUAUUUUCUUGGGAUACACGGCUAGGAACAACAGAGCGUAUUGUUCAGAGUGUCAGACACUUGUUGGUGAAUUUGAGCUGUUGUUGAUGGUGAAAUCAUGG